ACAAGCCUCCAGCAGCCAGACAACAUGAAGCCCAAGGCUCUCGCCUCAAGGCUGCUGGACACGAGCUCCUGGACCUCAGAGGCUCAAAGCUCAAGUGCAGCAAAGUACCAGCGACAGGUGGACUGCACGGAUCAACAAGGGAGCUCUGAGAGCCAGCGAGUGGAGGAUGAUGCCGGAGAAAAAGAAAAGUGCCGCAGAGAAAUUCACUUUGCCUUCCUGCCAGAGAGGUAUGAGCCUCUGAUCGAGAACGAAGAGGCAGAGGUCAAAGCCAAAGAGGAGAGGAAGAAAAAGAAGAGGGCAAAGUACAAGAAAGUAAAGAAGAACGUCGGCAAGGUGCUGCGCUCCAGCUGGAAGUGUCUGGUGCUCGGCCUCUAUAACUUUGCCCUGGGAUACUCGACUCCCAUUGCCGCUGCGGCCUCCUUCGUCCCUGAGUUUCACCCGGGCCAGACCAGGGGCUGAGCCUCCCGCGUUGACUGCAGUGCAUCACAAACUGUGCAAGCCACCUCUUGUGGUGUGUCAUUUAACACAGCCGCUGCAGCCUUGUAUCAUUUCAUUCUGUUGUUUUGUACUUCCAGGUGAUUGUUAAAAAACAAAAAUCAUAAAAAUUACAGUGAAAAAACUGUCAAACUGCAACAGUAAAAGAGCAUUACAUCCAAACUAGGACAGUAGCAAAUCCAGUAAAUGACCCUAAACCAAGAACAACACAUCACUUUAAUUUUCACUGUCACAGUAUGUAGAAAACACACACUUUUACUGUGGAAAGUCACAUUUUGGGUCAAAUCAAUGGGAAAAUACCAUAAUUUCUGAAGCAAGUAAUUUCACUAAAAUGUGUCAUGAGUGUCAUUCUGUUUAAAUUACAGAUUUGGCUCGUGUGCAUUCAAAUUUACGGUAGAUUUACAGUAGAAAACCUCUCACCAGUCAGCAAAACACACCUUAAACUAUAAAUCUAUAGCAUAAUAUACCAUAUUGCAACUGUUAUUUUUAAAGAAAAUCAUAUAUCUGUUUUGUUGUGGUAAUUUACCAUAAAGGAAUGAUGGUUCUUGACUGUGAAAUUUACAGUUUUCAA